GGCGGCGGCGGCGGCGGCGGAGUCAUAAGAUACCAAGAUGCUGCGAAUACACAGGACUAAAUUAGAAAGGUUGGGGUUCUGCCUCUCCAAAAGUCUUCACCAUAAAGCUGUGAUGGCUGUAAGACGAGAGGAUGUGAAUGCCUGGGAGAGAAGAGCUCCUCUGGCUCCCAGGCACAUCAAAAGCAUCACCAAUCUGGGUUACAAAGUCCUAAUACAGCCUUCCAAUCGCCGGGCCAUUCAUGAUAAAGAAUAUGUCAAAGCUGGAGGCAUUAUUCAGGAAGAUAUUUCUGAAGCAUGUCUAAUUGUGGGGGUUAAAAGACCCCCUGAGGAAAAAUUAUUAUCUAAGAAGACUUACGCAUUCUUUUCUCACACAAUAAAAGCUCAGGAGGCCAAUAUGGGCUUGUUGGAUGAGAUUUUAAAACAGGAAAUCCGUCUUAUUGAUUAUGAGAAAAUGGUGGACCAUCAAGGAGUACGGGUGGUGGCAUUUGGACAGUGGGCAGGUGUGGCAGGAAUGAUCAACAUUUUACAUGGAAUGGGUGUAAGGCUCCUUGCUCUGGGACAUCACACACCUUUUAUGCACAUUGGCAUGGCUCACAACUACAGGAACAGCAGCCAGGCUGUGCAAGCUGUCCGUGAUGCUGGCUAUGAAAUAUCUCUGGGUUUGAUGCCAAAGUCUAUAGGUCCCUUAACAUUUGUGUUCACAGGGUCUGGUAAUGUAUCAAAGGGAGCUCGAUUAAUCUUCAAUGAACUACCUUGUGAAUAUGUGGAACCACAUGAAUUAAAAGAAGUGUCCCAAACUGGAGACCUGAGAAAAGUGUAUGGGACGGUGUUAAGUCGCCAUCAUCAUCUUGUCAGAAAAACAGAUGGUGUAUAUGAUCCUGUAGAGUAUGACAGAUAUCCUGAACGCUACAUAAGUCGUUUUAGUACUGAUAUUGCACCCUAUACAUCAUGCUUAAUUAAUGGGAUCUACUGGGAUCAGAACAAUCCUCGGCUACUAACUCGAGGAGAUCUUAAGACUUUGCUGACUUCAGGCAAGUCGUCAGGUGAUGAUGAGGAAGGCUGUCCUGCUUUACCACACAAACUUGUAGCAAUAUGUGAUAUUUCAGCUGACUCAGGGGGAUCAAUAGAGUUCAUGACUGAAUGCACAACUAUUGACCAGCCCUUUUGCAUGUAUGAUGCAGACCAGCAUCUUCAUGAUAGUGUUGAAGGCUCUGGAAUUCUGAUGUGUUCUAUUGACAAUUUGCCGGCACAGCUUCCAAUCGAAGCUACAGAAUGCUUUGGAGACAUGCUUUACCCUUAUGUUGAAGAAAUGAUAUUGUCAGAUGCAACACAGCCUCUUGAGAGUCAGAAUUUUUCUGCAGUGGUGAGAGAUGCAGUGAUUACAUCCAAUGGUAUAUUGACUGAUAAGUAUAAAUAUAUCCAGAAACUCCGAGAGAGCAGGGAACAUACACAAUCAUUUUCAACGAGCACCAAAAAAAAGGUCUUGGUUCUUGGAACUGGCUAUGUCUCUGAGCCUGUGUUGGAAUACCUGUCAAGAGAUAAAAAUAUAGAAAUAACAGUAGGUUCUGACAUGAAGAAUCAAAUUGAACAGUUAAGAAAGAAGUACAAUAUUACUCCAGUUAGUAUGAACAUUGGUAAACAAGAAGAGAAAUUGGGUUCCUUGGUGGCAGCGCAGGAUCUUGUCAUUAGCUUGUUGCCUUAUGUAUUGCAUCCUAUUGUGGCCAAGGCAUGCAUUGCAAACAAAGUUAAUAUGAUAACUGCGAGUUAUAUCACACCGCCACUGAAAGAAUUACAAAAGAGUGUGGAAGAGGCUGGCAUCACAGUCAUUGGUGAAUUGGGAUUGGAUCCUGGUCUUGAUCAUAUGCUGGCAAUGGAAACAAUAGAUAAAGCCAAAGAAGUAGGAGCCACGAUUGAAUCUUAUAUUUCCUACUGUGGUGGACUUCCAGCCCCUGAACAUUCAAAUAAUCCCUUGAGAUAUAAAUUUAGUUGGAGUCCAGUGGGAGUUUUGAUGAAUAUCAUGCAGUCUGCUACAUAUCUGCUCAAUGGCAAGGUUGUGAAUGCUGAAGGGGGUGUUGCCUUUCUGAAUGCCGUGGCUCCCAUGGAUUAUUUCCCAGGGUUAAAUCUGGAAGGCUAUCCGAACAGAGACAGUACAAAAUACGCGGAGAUUUAUGGCAUUCAAUCUGCUCACACUUUGCUGCGUGGGACUCUGAGAUACCAGGGAUAUGCUAAAGCUUUGAAUGGACUUAUAAAAUUGGGCCUUAUAAACAGAGAUCCAUUUCCUGCUCUCCAACCUGGGGCUGAGCCUCUCAACUGGAAAGAACUCCUAUGUGGCUUAGUUGGGAUUUCACCCUCCUCCAAGUAUGAAGUGGUUAGAGAAGCAGUCCUGAAGAAGUUAGGAGGAGACAAUACCCAGCUUGAGGCAACUGAACAGUUGGGUUUACUUGGGGAUGAACGAGUCCCUCAGGCAGAAUCCAUUGUGGAUGCACUCUCCAAGCAUUUGGCCACAAAACUUUCCUAUGGCCCUGGAGAGAAAGAUCUGAUUGUGAUGAGAGAUAGUUUUGGGAUCAGACAUCCUUCUGGACAUUUAGAAAAUAAAACUAUUGAUCUCGUGGUUUAUGGAGACAUCAAUGGCUUUUCAGCUAUGGCUAAAACUGUGGGUUUACCCACUGCAAUGGCAGCAAAGAUGUUACUUGAUGGUGAAAUUCAAGCUAAAGGCCUGCUAGGACCAUUUACAAAAGAAAUCUAUGGACCAAUAUUGGAAAGAAUUAAAGCAGAAGGCAUUAUAUAUAAUACUCAGAGCACAAUCACACCAUAAUUAAGAAUUGCAUUUUAUUUUUAUCUUUCCUAACAGUUCUGAAUAUUUGUGUCACAAAUACGUUUCUUAAGUGCUGUUUUGAAGCAUAAAGCAUGCUGUUUUUAUU